GGGUGGGCGGGCAGCAGAGAGCGCUGAGGGAGGAGGUGGACGAACAGCGGCUCCGAGAGGAGAGGGAUCAGACAGAAAUCUCUAACUGUGCUGAGCGUUCUGUCUGGUGGGAAUCAUGUCAUCCAUACUGCCAUUCACUCCACCGGUCGUGAAGAGACUUCUUGGGUGGAAAAAAUCUGCUGGUGGUUCCGGAGGGGCCAGCGGUGAGCAGAAUGGGCAGGAGGAGAAGUGGUGUGAAAAAGCAGUGAAAAGCUUGGUCAAGAAGCUAAAGAAAACAGGACAGCUGGAUGAGCUUGAGAAGGCCAUUACCACUCAGAACUGCAAUACCAAGUGUGUGACCAUACCAAGCACUUGCUCUGAAAUUUGGGGACUGAGUACACCAAACACGAUAGAUCAGUGGGACACAACAGGCCUUUACAGCUUCUCUGAACAAACCAGAUCUCUCGAUGGCCGGCUACAGGUGUCGCAUCGUAAAGGACUUCCGCACGUCAUCUACUGUCGUCUGUGGCGCUGGCCGGACCUUCACAGCCACCAUGAACUUAAAGCAAUCGAAAACUGUGAAUACGCUUUUAAUCUUAAGAAGGAUGAAGUGUGUGUAAACCCAUACCACUACCAGAGAGUGGAGACACCAGUCUUGCCUCCUGUCCUGGUGCCACGGCACACUGAGAUCCUGACAGAGCUUCCACCUCUUGAUGACUACACCCAUUCCAUUCCUGAGAACACUAAUUUCCCAGCUGGGAUUGAACCACAGAGCAACUACAUACCAGAAACACCACCUCCAGGAUAUAUCAGUGAAGAUGGAGAAACGAGUGACCAGCAGUUGAACCAAAGCAUGGAUACAGGAUCUCCAGCAGAGCUGUCUCCCAGUACUCUCUCUCCAGUCAACCAUAGCCUGGACUUGCAGCCAGUCACUUACUCGGAGCCCGCAUUCUGGUGUUCAAUAGCAUAUUAUGAGUUGAAUCAAAGAGUGGGAGAAACCUUCCAUGCAUCACAGCCUUCUCUGACUGUAGAUGGCUUCACAGAUCCAUCCAAUUCCGAACGGUUUUGUCUAGGUCUGCUUUCCAACGUCAACAGAAACGCGACAGUGGAAAUGACAAGGCGGCACAUAGGGAGGGGAGUGCGUCUCUAUUACAUCGGCGGCGAAGUCUUUGCUGAGUGUCUCAGUGAUAGCGCAAUUUUUGUUCAGAGCCCCAACUGUAAUCAAAGAUAUGGCUGGCAUCCUGCAACUGUCUGCAAAAUCCCACCAGGAUGCAAUCUAAAAAUCUUUAAUAACCAAGAAUUUGCUGCUCUUCUGGCUCAGUCUGUGAAUCAGGGUUUUGAAGCAGUUUAUCAGCUUACCAGAAUGUGUACCAUCAGGAUGAGUUUUGUUAAAGGAUGGGGAGCUGAGUACAGGCGGCAGACCGUGACAAGCACUCCUUGCUGGAUUGAGCUCCAUCUGAACGGACCUCUACAAUGGCUGGACAAAGUAUUGACUCAGAUGGGCUCCCCUUCAGUACGCUGCUCCAGCAUGUCGUAAAACUCCUUCCUCUGCUACCAGUGGGCUAAAUACUAAGACCUAUCAACAGACUUCAUAGAAAAGCUCGUCUAUUGUAGUAUUUGUGUGUGGUCCUCAUGAACUCUUUACUAUCCAAAAAAAGCUUUUUUUUUUUUUUUUAUUAAUGAAAAACAGCACUUGAGGUCUCAUCAAUUAAAGCACCUUGUGGAUUCUGUUUCCUAUACUCUGAUACUAGAUGAAAACUUAGUAUAUAGAAAUGCCUUCUUCAGAGAGAAGAAGGAACAGCUCUAAAGAUUCUUAAUGGUGUUUUUAUUGGGUAUAUAAUUGAGUGUCCUAAUGGUUUAUCAAUAACAUGAAUAGCUAAGUAUACGUAAAGGUAAUGUAUCAUGAUCUCAGAUAUCACAGUAUUGUGCUGUUCUACAUUUUAGUUCCCAUAGUUAGAUGUUUGGUUUGUUUUUAGAUUGAGGCAAAUCUCUCAUAAAAUCUCAAGACUUGACUCCUAUCUUCUUUUAUAUUUUUUUUUUUAUAUAAGCAGGUUUUCAAGUUGUCCUAAACAUAAAAAGCAGACUUUAGUUGUAUACAAGCUUAACUUUUUUGCUGCCUUCUUAAAGAAAAAUCCCUCCCUUGGAAGGGAAAUAAAUGUCUGAGAUUUACUGAAAUCUCAAGACAAUUUGUAUAUUCUUAAUGGGGCCUAAAGUGAAUCUCUGUACUCUAAAUUCUGAGUAUCCAUCACACUAGGAGUCUACGUUUCCCUACCCAUAUGAGCUGAUGCGUCUGUUGCCAGCAGUAUUGCUGGCACUGUGUUCUUUAGGAUUUUUUUGUACCUUGGAUCACUGAAGUCAGUGCUUUUCUUUUUCUCAUAGAGUUGAUGAUAGCGUUGGAUACUGGAUUAAAUACAAAAGUGACUUACCCCUAACAUCUGUGUGCUUUCAAUAAGCAGAUGCUACUGAAAAUCUAGGGUUUUUUUUUUUUUUGUUUUGGAGCCAAACACUUUGAAAAAUCCUUUCCCAGGGUAAACUAGACUCUAAUAGGUUUUAAAUAGAUGCAGCUUCUUAACAUGUUUCAGUAACAGAACGUAAAUCUCUGAUCUGAUUAGCUUUGUACAGCUUACUGACAUACCAGGUCAUACUCAUUCAUUAUGUCAUAAUGGGCCUUGUUAUUAAAAGUAGUUGCUUCUGCAAAACCUUUAGGAUAGUGGUUGCUGAGGUAUGACCAGCGAAGAAGGGUUUCUAGGUUCUUCACAACUGUGCAUGUUAUUGUGAACCCUUGGACACUACAACUGCACCAUAUUAAAAAUGCUCUGAAAUAUAUUCUGCAGAUAAGUCUGGGUUGGGGAAGGGUUGGGAAACUGUAUAGAAGGGUUAUUCUGACUUGACAAGUAUACAUCUUACUAACAAUCUUGUGAUCUAGCUGUCUGUCAUUCUUAUGUCACUGUGGCAGUAGCAGGAUUGCUUUUGUCCUUUCCCAUGGUUUCACGCGUUGCACCAGCACUGUACUUUGUAAGUACGGCUAGUGAUAACUUGGAGAACAAAAACGUGGCCAGUGUUACAGCUUUUAAUACUGACUGAGUUGAGGAUAGUCGUGGAUAUUCUUAUGCCGUAAUGACUAGGACAUAGAAGCAAUACCAAAAAAUCGAGCUUUGAAGAAGAGGGCCAACCACCUUUUGAAAAUUGACAAAGCAGUUACCAGUUUGUGCUAGUUUUACCAGUAGACUAAUGUAUUGGUAGAACUUGUGAACCUAAGAAAUAAGCUUCAUGAGUGUUGCAUUUGCCUAAUAUGUGAAUACACUAAUAAAAGUUUUAAUUCUCA